CAGAAUCUCUCAAAUGAACAUUUGGAAGUGCGAAAACGAGCGCCAUCAAUGCGGGAUGAUGAUAGAACAUAAUGCCGCCAUCCCUAGGUGCAGAGCGUACUUGAGAGACCACAAGAACGUGACAGAGCGAAAGACAACAUACUUGCCAUGGCAUCGGAUCAUCAAAAACGCUGAGAGCAACGUCAAGGCCGCUACGACCUAUGCGCGACCCCGGAACUGCAUCCGGGACGGAAAGCUGAUCGACUCUGCAUCUUCUGCUGAACCUUAUAUCGCAAUUAGUUACGUGUGGGACACCCGUCCUUCUUUCAAAGAAUGGGAAGGCAGGCGGGUCACAGAGCAGGCAUUACACAUCGCCGACCGACUCUCGAAACACACCUCAUAUGCUCUGUGGAUCGAUGCAAUCUGCAUUGACCAGGACAACGAACCAGUAAAGAUGGUUGAGCUUGCGAAGAUGGCGGAUAUAUACCGCGGAGCCACAGCAGUGUUAUGCCUUGUACCGGAGAUAGACCAAACGACAAGCAGAGUCGUGGAGCAUGGAACCGGAAUCAUAGAUUUAGAUGGGUUCCGUGCACUUGAACACGCUGGAGACACACACGGGAUGUACAUGUUCGCUUCCCAAGGCUCAAACGAGGCGUUGCACAAGCUAUUCAGCAGCAGGUGGUGGACGCGUGCCUGGACGUUUCAAGAGGCAGUUCUUAAUCGCGUAACGUUUUUGGUGGGAGAGAAAGAGGAAACUAUUCCCAUUUCCGACGUCCUCAAAAUCUCUCACCCGAUUAGUCGACGGGCAGCGACACAGAAGAAAGACAACUUGUUGGGGCAAUUAUCCAGUUUUUGGGACUCGGUUCAUUCCAUGUCGGACGCGAUGAAGGUAUACAUGCCGCUCGGGACAGCUAUAUCGAGCGUGUGGAGGCGCCAAUCUACCGUCACUCAUGACAUGGCGUACUCUCUGCUUGUGGAGAAAGUGUUCACUGACCUUGUGGACAAAGCCAGCUCGAAGGGGGACUUUUCCUGGCUGAGAUGGAGCCACUUAAUCGACAGAGACGCCACAUGUGAAGGAAUGUCCAUGGUGCCCGUACCUGCAACUGUGUUAGCAACCCCUGCCAGUGCUAUCACAGAGUGGCGUUCCGUAGAAGUUCCUCAGAGGUCAGUUGUCCGUGGAGGAGCCGUUGGUGUUUGCAUUCCGCAUCGGUCAACUGGCGUUAUAAGAUGGCAAUCACAACCGGAAGACAUCAAGGGAAUUAUCAACAUGCUCCAAAAGCUAUCAUACGACCCCGAAGACAUAUGGAACUUAUUAUUUGGUCUGCACGUCGGAUUGGCGUGCGACGUCGAUAGAGCCGUGGGAGGAUCUGGGCUGGCUCAGGCGUUGCUCAACCUGGCGACUGGAUACAUCGACGGCACGAUCAAAUUGGAGGACUCGGAGGAUGAUUUGCAAAGGUUUGGAGAAAUGCGCAGUCGGUCGUGA